UAUCUCUUCCAGCUUAAAUGGCCACGUAUAUAAACCGCAAACCUAUCUGCUUCUUUAGAUUACGCAUCUAUUUCCCGAUAUGCUGCACAUCAAGUUCGGUGUCCAUCUCGGAGCCUGUAAGGCUGCAAGGGGGCGAAGCAGCAUGGUCCGUUCCAUGCAAGCCAAUCACUUGUCCACUGUCGCGUGCAUACCUAGGUAAGAUGACCUGGCAAGGGGACGGACUCAGCCCUCGCAUGUCGUGUUGCAACACACCGCUUUCUUUCCCUCUGGUACAGGUCCUUAUCUCCAUUAUUUCACAUUGCAACAGAUGUGUUGAACGAUAUUAUUCCUACAUCCUUUUGUUCGGCGCAAACGAAUUAUUGGAGGGGACAGGAAAGCCUAUCUAGUCGUUGGAUCAUGGGGUUGCCGCCACGACAACGUGAACCGGUCCUGCGAAAAUCAUUCGACCCUUACAGCGAACAUCGCUCCUCAGGGUCGAUACACUAUGGCGUUUAUCGGGGCUUUGGAGCAGCACCCCCGACGAUCACAGCCUCAUCUGGGGGAAGCGUUGAGCGCGAGCAGGACGCACCGGAAGAACGAGACCGUAGCAACACGGAAAAUCCAUCUGAAGGUGAAACUCUACUCCAUCUCGACCCAGCUACAUCACUGCCUACUCUUACGAAUGGUGGGAAUCAGCCUGAACAUACCGAGAAAGACGAUCAAUGCAGCAAUGCACCACAAUAUCAACAUGUUCGAAUGCUUGGUCAUGGCGGAAGCGCAAGCGUUGAGAUGGUCCGCGAUCUCGAUACGGGCUCGGUGUAUGCACGGAAGAUCACCAGAGUCUAUUCUCGCAAUGUGCAAGAGGCAAAACGCAAACUUCUCAACGAAGUCGAGAUCAUGCGACGCUUAGCUGCACAUCACCAUGUUGUCCAAGUGCAUGCCACUUAUAUCGAAAGAAGAGAGCUUACCAUCAUUCUUGACCCGGUCGCUGAUGGAGGAGACCUAGCGGGGUUUUUACAAAACUACCGUGACCAAGGCUUUUCCUGGCACAAAGGUUAUACCAACGACGAAAACCUUGUUCAGAAUAAUAUCCUGCGCAAAGCUCCCUACUGUUUAGCUUCAGCCCUAGCCUUCAUUCACAAGCAGACCAUCCGACACAAAGACAUCAAGCCACAGAACAUAUUGAUUCAUCGAGGGCACGUUAUGUAUACAGAUUUUGGUUCUUCGUACGACUUCGGAGACGCCGGCCGAAGUACAACUACGGGAUACCCACAGGGCAUGACUAGGCGAUACUGUGCACCUGAGGUCAUUGAGUGCGGAAGUCGAAAUUCAAAAUCGGAUGUCUUUUCUCUAGGAUGUGUAUUUGUCGAGAUCUACUUGGCCCUGGCGAACGACGCCGAGCACGACCAGAUCGUCGACUUCGAAUUUCUACGCUAUUUCGAGCAACGAUUCCAAAAAUGA